GCCCCGCGCCGGAAGCGGCGCGCAUGGCGCGGGCCGCUCGGGUGCUGGCGCUGGCGCGGGCGGCGGAGGGAGCGGCGGGGCCGGGCCGUGCCCGCCUGGUGCUGCUGCCCCCCGGCAGCGGGGCCCGGCCCGGCCCUCGGGCUGCGCGCGGGGAGCCGGCGGAGGGGGCAGGCUGGGCCGCGGCGGAGGGCGCAGGCCGGCGGGAGCCGGGCCGCCCCGCUGAGGGCCCGAGCGGCGCGGGCUGGGGGGAGGCGGUGGCGGCCGCGGCCGCUGCCCUGCAGGCGGGCGGGCUGGUGGCGGUGCCCACGGACACGGUGUACGGCGUGGCCUGCCUGGCCCAGGACUCGGCCGCCGUGCGCAGCAUCUACAGCCUGAAGGGGCGGAACGGCGCCAAGCCGCUCGCCAUCUGCCUCGGGGACGUGGAGCGGCUCUACCGGUAUUGCCGCGUCAAUGUUCCCGACGAGCUGCUGCGGGACUUGCUCCCGGGACCAGUGACCCUGGUCUUGGAGCGUUCAGAAGAGCUGAAUAAAGACUUGAAUCCCUUCACAUCGCUGGUUGGUGUUCGCAUCCCAGACCACCCCUUCAUGAGAGACCUGGCACGGGCCUGCCCCGGACCCCUGGCCCUGACAAGUGCCAACAUCAGCUCCCAGGGCAGCACCCUGACCGUGUUGGAAUUCCAGGACUUGUGGCCUCAACUGUCCUUGGUCAUUGAUGGAGGCCCCAUAGGAGACAUCCAGAGCCCAGAGUGUCGCCUGGGGUCAACUGUGGUUGACUUAUCUGUGUCAGGGAAAUUCUCCAUCAUCCGGCCUGGCUGUGCACUAACAUCCACAGUGGAAAUCCUGAAGAAGAAAUAUGGCUUGGUGCCAGAAUCCUCCUAACCCUUGGGACUGGGAGCUGUUGGAGCUGGGCACUGUGUGCCUGUGCACUCAGGAGUGAUCAUGGCCUUGUUUAAUAAGGUCGAUGGGUUACGUCAAGGUCAAUAAAAGAUUAAAAAAGAAA